ACCAUUGUGGGGAUUUCUGAAAGAGGGGAAAGUCAAAGGUCACGGCAUGAUAGAGACUAUCCAGGAGGGCAAAGGGGCCAGUUGAAAGCUAUUCAAGCCCAAUCAGCUCUAAAUCCGCGGGCAUUUAGUUGGCCUUGUAAUUUCAGAUCGAUCCCGAAUUUAACACACUUUCCUCAAAGUCAGAUACCUUCAGCUGCUCCAUCCCAGUCGCCCAGAUCUGCUCUGACACCCCCAUUCACCCUAAAGAGGGAAAGAAAGAAAAGAGAUUGUGCAACAUGCAGAGCAGAGGAGGUACAUGCAGAGCAGUAGGAAAACACUGGAUAACAUAUUUUUGCUAAAAGCAUCCUAUGUGGAAAACGAGGUCCAGAAAAUUUAAGUGACUUAUCCAAAGUAAGCAAGAGACAGAACCUGAUCUAGAAGGUUGGAAGUUUUUCCCCUCAGGGUUUUGGAAGCCGAGGCAGUGAGGACGAGCUCCCCUUCUACAGCUUCGCAGGAAAGGAAGGCAGACGAGGGAUGCAAACUACCGGAGAGAGUCUUGUUCACCCUCAGCCAAGCCACGGGUCCAUCCAUUACCCCAUCACUGUCCUAGCACUUCGCACCUCUGCAUAACCGGCACUGGGGGCCGGAGGGAUCCUGCUGGUUACGUUUUGAGAGUGAGAGAGGGAGGGGAUGCACCCGGGGCAGGCAAGGCGCCCCCUGCGAGCUUCUGACAAGAGGUGGUAUUCAGUCAGGGCUCACUGGAGGACAGCUGGGGGCAUGCGGCCUGGAGCCUGUCGGGCUCCCUCUGAACCCGGGAUGUAUUUGGCUUCUGUCUGCUAGUUACUAUGAUCUGCCCCGCUGCUCAGGGUCCCCAGUCCCGGUCCCACAGCGCUCCCGCAUGGGCCCGGCUUUGGCGCCUUGUGCAGGGUGGCUGAAGAGCUUCAGCAGGGUCCUUGUGUGGGGUCAGUCACUAACUUAAUCUGAAUUAGACUUGCCAUGGCUGCGCCCGAGGGCGAGGGCGCGGGGGCAAUGAAGCUUCAGGUGGGAGAGCAGAAGGAGGGAACAGCAGCCUCCAAUGCCCUGGAAGAGGGCAAAUAUGAGACCCGUAGGUCCAAGAGCUUGCCAAUUCUGAACUUCCUUGGCAGGCGGGACCCUAGCCCCCGGAGGGCAGAUAAAAGGCAUAGCUCUUUAAGGAGGCCCAAAUCGGGCUUUUACGGUUUCUCAGGGGGCACCGAGGUGAGGCGAUGCAUAGACCCGCUUCCGAUUCAGCUGGGGACCAGCUGCUCAGCCUCUUCCCGAACUGUAUUUUCCCGCAACCCUUCCAUUUCUUCUGGGAUGGCGGGGACUUUAGACUGCAACCACGUGGUCGCCCUGGGCAAAAGCUUGUCGGUUUCCUCCACCCAAGGCCUGUCCGUUUCCUCCACCCUGGCAACCCUGCAAGAUAGAAGAUGCCUCCACGUGGUUUUGACGGAUUCUCGUUGCUUUUUGGUUUGCAUGUGCUUCCUGACCUUUAUCCAGUCAUUGAUGGUUUCAGGGUACCUCAGCAGUGUCAUCACCACCAUCGAGAGGCGCUACAGCUUGAAAAGUUCAGAGUCCGGGCUGCUGGUCAGCUGUUUUGACAUUGGGAGUCUUGUUGUAGUUGUUUUCAUCAGUUACUUUGGAGGCCGGGGCAGGCGGCCUCUGUGGCUCGCAGUGGGUGGACUCUUCAUUGCAGUGGGGGCUGCCCUGUUUUCUUUACCUCAUUUCAUCUCUCCACCGUACCAGAUUCAAGAAAUGAACUCCUCAGUUUCCAACGAGGGUUUGUGUUUGAAUAGCAACAGCAGUGCCAGAGAUCUUUUGGAGUCAUCUGCCUGUUGGAAGGACGCUGGUGGUAAUGAUCACUCGCUCUAUGUAGCUUUAUUCAUUGGUGCACAGAUUCUCAUUGGUAUGGGCUCCACUCCUAUUUAUACCUUGGGACCAACCUACUUAGAUGACAAUGUCAAGAAAGAAAACGCAUCAUUGUACCUAGCCAUCAUGUAUGUCAUGGGAGCACUUGGUCCUGCAGCAGGAUAUUUAUUAGGUGGAGUUCUUAUUGGUUUUUAUGUUGAUCCCAGAAUGCCCGUUCAUCUUGACCAGAAUGACCCUCGUUUCAUUGGAAACUGGUGGAGUGGAUUCCUCCUUUGUGCCAUUGCAAUGCUUCUUGUGAUAUUCCCAAUGUUUACUUUCCCAAAGAAACUUCCACCUCGACAUAAGAAAAAGAAAAAGUCCUCUGAUGAGACUUCCACUGAGGAAGAUGAGAUAAUGAAGGAGAAAUCAAACAGCAGAGAACAAGAAGGAGUUGCUUCUUCUAUGGCAUUUGGAAAGAAUGUAAAAGACCUUCCAAGAGCAGCUGUCAGGAUCUUAAGCAACAUGACAUUCCUUUUUGUGAGUUUGUCAUACACAGCUGAGAGUGCCAUUGUCACUGCUUUUAUCACCUUCAUCCCCAAGUUCAUCGAAUCACAGUUUGGCAUCCCAGCUUCCAGUGCCAGCAUCUAUACUGGUGUGAUUAUUGUGCCCAGCGCUGGUGUUGGUAUUGUCUUAGGAGGUUACAUUAUAAAAAAGUUGAAACUUGGUGCCAGAGAAUCAGCAAAGCUAGCAAUGAUCUGCAGUGGUGUGUCCUUACUGUGUUUUUCAACACUCUUCAUUGUUGGAUGCGAAAGUAUUAACCUGGGCGGCAUAAAUAUUCCAUAUACAACAGGACCGUCCCUCACCAUGGCCCACAGGAAUCUGACAGGAAGCUGCAAUGUUAACUGUGGUUGUAAAAUCCAUGAGUAUGAACCAGUCUGUGGAUCAGAUGGAAUUACAUACUUUAAUCCUUGUCUGGCUGGCUGUGCCAGUAGUGGUAAUCAUAGUAUGGGGGUUCGUAAUUAUACAGAGUGUGCCUGUGUUCAGAGCCGCCAAGUCAUCACUGCACCAACGGUGGGGCAGCGCAGUCAGCUCCGGAUGGUUAUUGUCAAAACCUAUCUCAAUGAGAAUGGCUACGCCGUGUCUGGAAAGUGCAAUCGGACCUGUAAUACCCUUAUUCCAUUCCUUGUUUUUCUUUUCAUUGUUACCCUCAUAACAGCAUGCGCCCAGCCAUCAGCCAUCAUAGUCACACUCAGGUCUGUGGAAGAAGGGGAGAGACCUUUUGCAUUAGGAAUGCAGUUUGUUUUAUUACGAACACUUGCAUACAUUCCUACUCCAAUUUAUUUUGGAGCAGUUAUUGAUACCACCUGCAUGCUUUGGCAACAGGACUGUGGUGUGCAAGGCUCUUGUUGGGAAUAUGAUGUGACAUCAUUUCGUUUUGUCUAUUUCGGUUUGGCGGCUGGUCUCAAAUUUGUUGGAUUUAUUUUUAUUUUCCUGGCAUGGUACUCUAUAAAAUACAAAGAAAAACAGCUGCAGAGACAAAGGUGGAGGACAUCUCCUCUUAAUACUGUCAGUGAGACAGUUUGCCACACAGAUCCCCGUGAAAAUUAUUCUCGCACUAUAUCAUGCCCAACUUUCAACAACAGAGGGGAGCUCCAGGAAGAAAUGGGUCUUGGAAGAGGAAUCCAUUAUUCAGCACAGACGUACCCUGGGCCCUUUCCAGAAGCAAUAACUUCCUCAGCAGACCCUGAGUUGGAAGAAGCCACUGCUGCCAUGUAGCCCCCUUUCCUGAAGGUUCAUAAUGGAAGACUUUGGUUUUGUUGGUUGGAUCGAAAAUGGCGCCUUGUGAAACACCCGUGCCUUCUUCUUUUCUUUCUUUUUUAAACUCUAAAGACAUAAUCUAUGAACCAACAAAACUCAAUGCAAACAGCCAUUACUGAUUGCGAGUUGGAUACCUCAACGUGACUUAAGAGUCUUCUUUAUCCCCCUCUCCAGAAAAUGGAAUUUAAAGAUAGGUUAUAACUUCAGCUAUAUUAAUUUAAUGUUCAUGCUCCAAUCUAGUAUAAGUGAAAGGCCUGAGAUAUUCUAAAUUGUUAAGCAGAAUUAUGAGAAGAGUAAUAGAAAUGCAUAUCAUUAAUAUAGACUUCAAAAAUAAAGGUGAGAUGUAUCAUCAGGUUUGCAUUUACAAAUCAUAGUUUUUAGAUUAUAACUACUGUGAGUUCUGCUACAAAGCACAAGUGAAUUUGCCUAAACUAUGCAAUUUGAUUAGAAAUUUGUAUGUAUGGCAUGUUUUAUUUUUAUUUUUAUUUUUUUAGAGCCUUUGAUCCAGCUCCGUCUGGAAAGGAAGCUAAAAAAAAUUGUCCUCUUUUUCUUAAAGUACUAUUGAUAACUGUAAGCCAUAGAAGAGUUAGAUACCAGGGAAAGUUUUCAGAAGCUUCAAAGACACCAUGGAAAAGCCCAAUAUAGCAGACACUUGAAUUCAGAGUAUGUGUUUUGUUUCAGCCUCCUCCAUUCUAAGGCUGGGAAAGAAACUGCUGAAUCAUAAAUGCAGGGACUUGGAAAUAAACUAAAACUGUAUCUCUUGUAAAAAAGGGCAAGGUGAAAAACUUUGAGUCUGAGAACCUCCUGGCUGACUUCCUUUCUGGGAUAGUUGCUGGACAAAUUCAUUGGCUAAAAUCACAGUCAAGGCAGCUACAUUUGUGACUUUUAAAAUGAAAAUAGUGAGUUCCCCCUCUUAGUUUUCCCCACCACCUGCUCCUACAACCUACUAAGCAAUCAUUUCAACACUGUAGUUCUAAGUCGAAGUAAGAUCUAAGUUUUCUAAGAAGGAAUCAUAGAUAUGUGUAGUCUUCUUUAAAGAAAAUUUCUUUGAAUUCUCCUUAUAUUAAAGUAUUAAAUCAAGACAGUUAUACUUGGGAGUAAGAAAUCCUUUUGAAAUCAGUAGAAAUUAGAUGUGUGAAUUGGUACCAGUCAGUCAGUCAACUAACUUUCAAUUGAAAAUGAUUAAAAUAGAUAAAUCUAUUUUCCUCAAUCCCAUCUCAUGAGAUCCUCCUACCACCUUUAUUUCUUUCCUUUUUACCAUCUUGAACAUUGUAAGAUGUCCCUAAAGGGAGAGUUUUCUCCUUUUAUAUCCACUUUAUAUUUACCAUCAAAGAAUAUUUAUUGUGUCUAUUGGGCAUGGUUUUGUCAUAGACAGAAAAUAAAGUUCCAUCAUGAUUGAUCAUAAAAUAUCUCCUAGUAACCAAUACCUAAAAUAUUUAUCCAUGCUAUAGAAUGAAUAGCAAGAAAAUUUGUAGGGCAUGGUAACUUAUGUGUGUGGGGGUUAUUUUGUCUUCAGGGCUGGUAUAAGAAAUAGUAUCUCUACCAGGUAACUGUUUUUUAUAAUUGGAAAUGUGAGUUUGACAGUUUUGCCUCCUGAUUUGGGAGUGAGAUUUACCACCAUUAAGUCCUAGUUGUAAUGACAGAGUAAUAUGAAAAACAUACUUGCAUGUUCUUUAAUAGAAUGGUUUCUCUUUACUUUUAGGCCCGUUAGUUAUGUUUUUAUGGUGGUUGUCUAUAGAUUGUGGAGAAAUAGUUAUUAAAAAUGAAAGAGUAUUUCUAAAGGAGAAAGCAAGGAAGAUUUUUAUCUAUUGACAUCCACAUAUAGCAGAUGGUAAAAUAAAUCUGGUUUUGCUUAUUUCAUAGGAUCAUCAGUUAAGAUUGGUAAAGACCUCAGAAGUCAUGUAGUGCAGGCCCCUUACUUUAGAGACAAGGGAACUGACACACCCAGAGAAGUGCUAAGUAAUUUUUACCAAGUUCACCUGGGAAGUAAGUUUCAGGACAGAAGUUGAAUCCAUGGCCUAUGAUUCAAUAGCCAGUCUUUUUUCAUCUUUACCACAAUGAAUGAAAUUUGUGAAUACCUCCCUAUUUUAGUUUCUUUCUGCUAUAUGGUUAAUGGAGUGCAAUAGUUCCCUGUGGGGGAAAUAGAUAUUAACCAACAAAAUAAGCACUAGUAAAGAAGUUGCUCCUUCUGCACUCCUUGUUAGGUUUCCAAUUGGGCAGGAAGCCUCCUACCCUCAUAGUUUUAAAAAUAGAAGUUGCUUCUGGUGAGGUUCAUGGACAUGAACAUACUAGGGUACUUGGGAUAAUUCAAGCCCUUGUUCUGAAAUAUUCAACUGUUUCUUUUUUUAAAAAUUAUUUUAUUAAAAAAACCCAAUAAA